AUGGCUGAUAAUGAAACUCACUCCUCACGAGCUGAGCAGCGAAUGGCGGCCGUCGCUAAGCUCAAACGAGCCGCUUCCCUCCCGAGGAUGAAGGAUGGUCGGCGUCCACCAAUGCCCGUCGAAGCUUUCAGCGAAGGAGAAAAGCCACCUACUCCCAACGAUGAGGAGAAUAUAUCCAGCGAAGGCGAAAAGUCCAAGAGUGAUGAGGAGCAAGCUGCUGCAGAGGUAGAGACGGAGGUUCCAACUACCGAAGGAAAGGAGCGGACGCCUGAGCCCAAGGCGCACUCUCACCCGGAAAGGCCUGCGGACACGGAAAUAGAACCGGAUACCGAACCGGACGAACGACCAAUGUCGCCCUCUAUCACCAAAAAGCGGCGCUCGCGCUCUCGUUCAAGGUCAAGGGGCUCGAAAGAUUUCAAGGGCAAAGCGAGGGCAACACAAUCUCCCAUCCCCCCACUGGGCGGCGACUCAUCACAAGACGAGAACUCCCAUCUUCCGUCACCGAUCAUGCUUCCGAUGGUCCCUCCUCUAGCGUCCCCGAUGCCCCAUUUCCCCUUCCUCCAGCAACCUCGCUUCCUCCCAUCACCGACUCCUGUUUCGCCAGACAUGUCCUUAUUUUAUCCAGGCACUUCUCCACCGACACCGCUGCCAACUUUGGAAGAUUUGCGAAAUUUUAGUUUGAUGCGCUCGAACAGCGCGGGCAGCUCUGCGGCAGGUCGACGAUUAGCAAUGCAUAAACUGACGGGCGGCACGGAGACAUAUGAUCCAUCGCCUUCCCCCACACCGCCGCCGUCCCACGUAAAGCUCUCUCGGAACAACACCGUGUCAGGAGGGGAGCGUAUUGCAGCACGGCAGAACUUGCUAAACAGGCUGGGCACCCGACUAAAAGAGGCAGAUGCUGAGGCUACCAGUGGAGCAGAGGAUAGAAGCGCUUCUUCUCCGACUCCAAAACGGCGGCGGCGACGGUCACGGCGUACUUCAGGCCCUGUCAAUCCUGUUCCUGCAGUCUCUGAUUCAGAGAUCAACUCUACCAAUCCCAACACACCUGCUAUUCCCUCCUCGCCUCUCCCUACGCUUCACGACACUUAUGCUGAGCUCCGUGCGCAGUCUGCAACCCCGAGUCAGCUGCAAACUUCCCACAACCAUAUCAAUGAGCAUGUAUGUGAAGGAACAACGCUAACCCCACCCCCAGUCCCUCUUCAUGCAAAUCAACGUCCUCCAGAAGAGCAUGAGCGCCCUGAGCUACACCGGCGGAGAAGUGUAUUGGUUGAAGAUCAGGACGACGAUGAACAAAAUCCUCCACAAACUUAUGUCAAUCCUGGAACCCCCCAGCGCAUGUUCCAAUCCAUGGACGCCAUACGCAAACUGUCAACGAAUACACCAUCCAACAACUCUUCGGACUCCGCGCCGAAUUCCGCAAUCGGCGUACCGGUGUUCCUCAGUCAGAGGGCCCCAUCACGAAACGACCCCUUCCCCAGCAGUCCAUUUACUACCCCCCUCAAGGAGAAGGUGCUUACUGACGAAGAUGAAGAGCAAGUCCUCUACCCUGCAACAACAGCGAGACCACGAACGCCGUAUGGAAAUCAAUUAGAAACCUUCGAUCGUGAAAUCAGUUGGGUGGCUUCUCCAGUACCUGAGAUACGCAUGCCCAUCGACGACGACGAAGAUGAAGACGACGUGGAUCAGGAUGACGAUGUCGCCGCCAGAAGCAUCGAAGUGCUUCCAGCUGAGCCAGAAGAGGAGGAAGCACCGCUAUCGGCGACCUCGUCGAGGUUUUCUCCGGAAGCAUAUGACGAUACUUCUCCUCGUGUCUCGUCAAGAAGCUCGAAGAGUGUCAUCCUCGAGCCCGAGAUGUUGCCAGAAAACGCCCACCUAUAUGCCCCGGCCUCACCUUUGUCUGCUGCCCAACCUCAUGUCAGUGACGAUGGAUCUAUUUCCCCACAAUUCUUCCCGACGCGACUAUCAAUCGCUUCUCGCAUACAUAGUGUUGGGGAUCGCUCGCCCAUAGCAGGAGAAUUCCCCGAGUUUGAAGAUCGUUCUCCAAAACGGACAGAGACAAGCACCUGGGAGAAAGUCAAGAAUACCUUCACAAGGGCUGGAUCGAACUCAGGCCGGCGAUCUCGCACAAACAGUAUCGUCACGCGUGAACGAAGGGAUCAUACUGACUCCAGUGUCAGUCGCGAAAGCGGUGUCAGCUUGACGAGUUCGAAGACCGAUAAAGGUGAACAAACUGGCACUUCUGCGACGGUUCAUGCCCCUGCUAUAAUGCAGAUACCAUCCGCAUCUACCUCUAUACUGUCAUUGGCCCCUCAUGUUCCACCAAGAGGCAGCGUAUCGCCAAUCCCACCAGCGUCCUCCACAGACAUGUCCAGGUAUCAGAACGCGAAGCUUUUCCCAUUCCCAGGCAUGUUGAAGUUGGAAGAGGAACGAAGGGCGAAAGGGUAUCCUUCUGCUACAGCAUCAAGCCCCGACGUAUCACUGCACUCCAAUGUGAUUGACGACCCGCAUGCUUCGCCGAUGGCGUACUCAUUGUCCACUGCGUCGUCUCAAACACAAGAUGGCAGCAGAGAGCGGAAGCUAUCUCACCAGAAUUCAGAUACACGUCUGUUCGUUAAGUAUGGUGGGGAGCCUUUGGCCCUGCAACCCCCGUCCCCUCAGCAUGCCGAGUAUAUCGACCUCUCUUCUCCCCAGCAAAAUGGAGGUGGCUACAACCUCACCGGGAAGUUGCCCAUGACACUUCCGGGUGUUAAACAAUGGUUGAAGAACUCGAGGAAGAAAACCGCGUCGCCCCCGGGGUCAGCCUCAGGAACAGUGACCUUUGCUUCUCUGCCUGUUCCUGAUAGCCAGGUCACUCCUAUUACCAAUAAGAAGCCUUCUCUCUCCGAUCUCUUUCCUAAGAAAGACGGCGAGGUCGUCAGUGAUUGGGAGGAUGCUAGUGGCAUGCCGACGGUGAAUGAAGUUGCAGCCGACAAUCAACAAGCAGUACUAAUUGGAAGUGGCUCUAUGUCGAACGGUUCUAAGGCGUCAGACGCCAAAAACACGUUGGAAAUAGAUCAGACGCCCAAAAUUCAGAACGUCGGAUCCCCUGACCUAGGUAGUAGGAGGUCACCGUAUGCAUUCUUUCCUGAUUCACUGGUGUUGCCAUCGCCUGGCCAUGCCACUCCCGACCCUUCAUCUUUGAGCGAUUACCCUGCACCAACCCCUUCCGAAUCUUCGUCGACCACCUCUUCUCAAUAUUCUCUUGGUAUUCAUCAAGGUUCUGUCAUUUUGGAACGCAUUGAGGAGCAUCUUGCCCGAGGCUUCAAGAGCCCUAUGUGGUCAUCCGCUAUCGAUGAUCCGCCUCGCAAGCUAAUUUUAUCUUCUCCUGUGCUACAAGUUCUGAACCCGAACACCGUGAAGGAUCGUUUCCUUUUCCUCUUCAAUGACAUUCUGGUCAUAGCCAAACCUGUCGCGUAUGAUCAAGACAACCUCAUCGAUAGCACCUACAAGCCCGACAGGAAGUAUGCCGUUAAAAGUGUAGUUCAACUUCGAAAUCUACGAUUCUGCGCCGAUCGUUCAGAAGCACAAGGUAAAAUGCCGUCAACAUCUGGACCCGGGAACCCUAUCAUGCGUACCUUCAUAUCACAGUUUGUGAAGGAUCCCGACUACGCUAUCUCCUCCUUGUUCUCCAAGACCAACAUCCACGAUAAUCCGACCCUGCUUGGGCAAAUAUUGUUCAGAACUUUGGAGCUGGAUAGAACCCAGCUUGGAGAUUACCUCUAUCGGCGAACGUCGCGAAGCGUUCUGAAGUCAUAUCUCGACAGCUUCGGUUUCGCUGGCCUUAGAGUUGACGUGGCGUUGCGUGUUUUCCUGCAUUCGGUCAAUGUUCCCAGCCAAUAUGCUCUUGAACACCUCCUGGAGUCCUUCGCUGCUCGUUGGUACGAAGCAAAUGCGAAGUCUGUCGCAUACGACAGAGAUAUGGCCGUUCGCCUAGUUUCUGCCCUCGUGCAACUCAACGACCGUUUACAUGGAGGAAUUUCAGACGAGCCGGGUCCCACAAGCCAUACGAUGCGCAAAGUCACGAGCAAGGAAUUCCAGGACGCUUUCCGAAGAAUCGAUCCUCGGAAUCUCGUCCCUGAUGAGCUCCUCCAAGACCUUUAUCGAUCCAUUUUUCACGAGAGACUAUGCCAAGCAUGCGCGUCAGCUAGUGGCUCACAGGACACUAUUAUUACUGUUAAGCGACCGUUACCAACCAGGCUCAACCUGAAGGUCCAAUCGGAACCCAUUGUCCUCCGCCUGCCUCAGUCUGAUCCCCUGCUGAGCAUCGAACUCUUUGGCCAAGACCUGAUUUUCGACCCGCCCAUCCUCCACUUCUCGCGCUCCUCAGAAGCUUCCUUCCGCGUUACUGGGACGUCAUUGGGGUCGAAGACCAUCACACUAUGUAGGUCAGGACCAAAUGCGACCAAGUACUCUGGCCUUCCUUUGAGCCACAACGUCGAUGUGGAGAGAGCCUUCAUGAAGAACACCUUCCAGAUAGCGUUCCUCACUUCUUUGGGUGCGAAGCGGAGGUACAUGUUCAGCGUAGAUGAUACCAUCAUCCGCAAUGAAUGGGCGACUUGCCUACGUCGUCAGAUCGAUUUGACGUUGGCAAAUAUCUCAAGUGCCAAUGGUGCGGCAUCUCUGACUACGGCGAAAUUCAAGAAGGCCGCAGAUGCAGUUGCCUUCAAAGUCCUUCAAGAGACGUUGAUGGGUCGGAGCACGCCUUCGUCCUCUCCUGCAAACGGCUCGUACCCUCGUCCAAAUGGCAGCAACGGUCUGACCACAUCAAGCAUCCCCUUCACUACUGGCCCACUCCACAUCCGCUCAAAGUCGGGGAACAAAAUUUAUGAGGUGGUGAAGAGCGAGCUGGAUUUCGGGCACCGGUCACAGAACAGCUCUCGCGAAAGUAACGACUACCACGCUGAAGCCCAUGCGAACACGCCAGACCAACGACCAGACGGCCUCGUUUGGACCUCGCGCGAACUCGAGAUGCAGUGCCAGCAAAACAGCUCAAUAGCGCUUGUCCUGUCCUUCCUACACGUCGGCACUGCGGAGCCAUCCGCGUCAUAG